AUGGCAGCCUCCAUAUUCUCCAGCCAGCUGAUGGCUGCCACCACCCUUAGGAGCCACCCGCCCUGGAUGGCGCUGCGGGCCGCCGCUCAGGUCCUGGGAAGUUCUAGAUUGUUUAACAACCAUGGACUCCAAGUACAGCAACAACAACAAAGGAAUUUCUCACUACAUGAAUAUAUGAGUAUGGAAUUGUUGCAAGAAGCUGGAGUCGCUAUUCCCAAAGGACAUGUGGCUAAGUCACCAGAUGAAGCUUAUGCAAUUGCCAAAAAAUUAGUUUCAAAAGAUGUUGUGAUAAAGGCACAGGUUUUAGCUGGUGGUAGAGGAAAAGGAACAUUUGAAAGUGGUCUCAAAGGAGGAGUGAAGAUAGUUUUCUCUCCAGAAGAAGCAAAAGCUGUUUCCUCACAAAUGAUUGGGGAAAAGUUAUUUACCAAGCAAACAGAAGAAAAGGGCAGAAUUUGCAAUCAAGUGUUGGUUUGUGAGCAAAGAUAUCCCAGGAGAGAAUACUACUUUGCAAUAACAAUGGAAAGGUCAUUUCAAGGUCCUGUAUUAAUAGGAAGUUCUCAAGGUGGUGUCAACAUUGAAGAUGUUCCUGCAGAGACUCCUGAAGCCAUAGUUAAAGAACCUAUUGAUAUUGUAGAAAGCAUCAAAAAGGAACCAGCUUACCGGCUUGCACAGAAGAUGGGAUUUGCACCUAAUGUUGUGGAUUCUGCAGCAGAAAACAUGGUCCAGCUUUACAACCUUUUUCUGAAAUAUGAUGCAACCAUGGUAGAAAUAAAUCCUAUGGUAGAGGAUUCAGGAGCUGUGCUGUGUAUGGAUGCGAAGAUCAAUUUUGAUUCUAAUUAAGCUUAUCGCCAGAAGAAAAUAUUUGAUCUCCAGGACUGGACUCAGGAAGAUGAAAGGGACAAAGAUGCAGCUAAGGCAGAUAUCAACUACAUCGGCCUAGAUGGGAAUAUAGGCUGUCUAGUAAAUGGUGCUGGUUUGGCUAUGGCCACAAUGGAUAUAAUAAAACUUCAUGGAGGGACUCCAGCCAACUUUCUUGAUGUUGGUGGUGGUGCCACAGUCCAUCAAGUAACAAAACCAUUUAAGCUUAUCACUUCAGACAAAAAGGUACCAGCUAUUCUGGUCAACAUUUUUGGAGAAAUCAUGAGGUAUGAUGUUAUUGCACAGGGUAUAGUCAUGGCAGUAAAAGAUUUGGAAAUUAAAAUACCUAUUGUGGUACGGUUACAAGGUACACUAGUGGAUGAUGCUAGGGCACUGAUAACUGACAGUGGACUUAAAAUUCUUGCUUGUGAUGACUUGGAUGAAGCUGCUAAAAUGGUUGUAAAGCUCUCUGAAAUAGUGAACUUAGCCAAACAAGCCCAGGUGGAUGUGAAAUUUCAGUUGCCAAUCUGAUCUGAGAAUCCAGUGGAUGGCUGAAGGUUUUAAAUGUUCUAUAAUCAUUAAAAAUACUGUG